UUGGCAGUGGUUGGGAGGAGAACACUCAGGGCUCGUGUUCUCAUGCCCGCCCCUUCCAGGCAGCCAGCCCUGACUGUGGGAGGCAGACGUGUGACCCCUCUAGCCAGCUAUGCCCCUGCUGCCUGGCACUGUGGGCCUGGCAGGCCUGCUCUUCUGGACGGGCCAGACGGUGAAUGCUCUCCUGAUGCCCAAUGCCACCCUGGCUCGGGCCCGGGCUGAGGGCACAGCCGUGCGUCCUCUGAGUGGCCUGGGGGUGCCCCGGUACCACCGGAAGCGCCACAUCUCUGCCAGGGACAUGAGUGCCUUACUGGAUUAUCACAACCACAUCCGGGCCAACGUGCACCCACCUGCUGCCAACAUGGAGUACAUGGUGUGGGAUGAGCAGCUGGCCAGGUCCGCAGAGGCCUGGGCCAGCCAGUGCAUCUGGGCCCACGGGCCCUCACAGCUGAUGAGAUAUGUGGGCCAGAACCUCUCCAUUCAUUCCGGCCGGUACCGCUCGGUGCUAGAUCUCGUGAAGUCCUGGUCUGAGGAGAAGCGGCAUUACUUGUUUCCUGCCCCAAGGGACUGUAACCCACACUGCCCCUGGCGCUGUAGUGGCCCUGUCUGCUCCCACUAUACCCAGAUGGUGUGGGCGUCCUCCAGCCGGCUGGGCUGUGCCAUCCACACCUGUGGCAGCAUCGACGUCUGGGGCAGCACGUGGCGUCAGGCUGUCUACCUGGUCUGCAACUAUGCCAUUAAGGGCAACUGGAUCGGCGAGGCACCGUACAAGGUGGGGAGGCCAUGCUCCGCCUGCCCCCCCAGCUACCAAGGCAGCUGCAACAGCAACAUGUGCUUCUCAGGGCGCAAGUCCAACGCGCUCCUGUGGUUCUGAACUCUGCCGGGGCUCUGGUGCCCUCCAGCCGAGGUCCCUCCGAAGACUGGGUGGAUGGAUUUUUUCCCCCUAAAGGACCUGAGGUGGGCUCACAGCAUGGAUCUCAAUUGUCCUUCUAGAGGCUCCUAAGCAUCCAGAAUAUGUCAGAAGAAAACGACCUGCAUACCUUCCUUCUUUCCUCAACUCCAUCUUCCUCUUA